AUGACUGCUUAUGGCAACGCAUUCGAUGCUCGGUCGGUCGAUGCAAAUUUGCAUCCAAAUUCUGUCUACCGGUACCAAUACGCACCAUCAUACAAUACCAACAAUGGAUUAUUCAAUGGCAUUGAAGAUGAUGCAAAUGGAGGCCCUUUGUCUAGAGCUAGUACAGUUGCAACGGAAUCAACAUCGACGCAAGCAUUCCAACAACCUUACUCAGCAAUUUCGUCGUCUAACCAUAUUGGAAUUGCGGCAGUCGUACCAACCAUUGUCCUUGGCAUAUUAUUUGUCUAUUUGCUUCUUCGUCGGCGACAAAUACGCAAGAGAGAAUCAUAUUCCAUCAUUGGACAAUCAACGGGGCUGCGACAAAACGGAAACAGCAGGAAAUACAGUGACCGCCUAUUGGGAAGCAAAUCAAAAAAUAAUGGUCGAAACCUAUUUCGCCAUACCAGAAGGGGCGAUAUAUUAGACGACGAAGAAGAUGACGACGAUCCGCUUUCACGGUAUGCCAACUAUCAUCGCCUGCCAAAGAGCUCUAGAAUAAAUCUACGACGAUCCUCCAUGUCAUCGCCCAAACAUCCCGCCUUGGAACGUGUUCCUACUUUUCCAAUCCGCUUAGAGACCAUGAAACUCUUGCGAAUAGUCGGUGUACGAAUGGUGGCGCAUGGGGUGCAAAGUCUGCCUCGACGGGUGUGGAUCAGCAUCAAUGAUGAAGCCUUUGUCUGGCAAUCUGAAUUCAAGACAAAGCUGCCAAACAACCUAGGCGCAUCCAGCCUGUUGUCCGUACGAGGGCCAGUUCACAACAUUGCAUGGGGCGAUAUCAAAUUCAUUGAUGUGGGCAAAAAUACGGAGUCAUUGAAGAAGGCAGAAUCCGUUCCCGAAAAGAUGUGUUGGAGUAUACUGACCUUGAAUGGCUCGUUGGAUUUGCAGGCCAAAUCACAGUUGGAACGAGACAGCAUGGUCAGCUGUAUGGUUUCGAUGCUGGAUGAAUACAACGAUGGGGAAGACUGGAGAGCUCAUUAUUACCAUGCCUAUGGGGAUCCUGUGGGGGACGCCAAGAAAGGAGCAAGACCAAGUCGUGUGGGCGCAGACGGCGUGGUUUCUUCUGUCAUGACAUCUUUUUCUCUCAUGAGCACCGACUCGUUGCCUCGGGCGAUUGAUGUGUAA